GGUUUCACUCAUAGAGUUAUUUAAGUUCUCAUAGAUUUCUUGUCACAACAUAUAUAUCUGGACUAGCGUAUUAAAAAAGAUACAAAUGGUUCCCUUUCUCGCUUUUCCUUUCCAGAUAUUCCAAUUAAUUUUUUUAUCCAGAAACUAUAUGUAAUAACGAGAGAUGAAGAAACGUCUUGCUGUUGAAAAAGCAUGCUUAUAUUUGAUUUUUACUUAGAGAAUCAAUAAUCUUAACAAAAACAAAAACCAUACACUUGCCCAUAUAUGCUUUUAAGGGAUUAGCGAUAAGCUGUAGUUUACUUUUUGCCUUUUUCUAACAUUAUUGAAGUCAAUCGGCCUAGAUUAGUUGGGUAUAGAGAUUAUACCUGCGUAGAACUACUGCUUCAUAUAGUCAAUCUCCUUCUUUGAGUUAAAAGUCUGUUUCAUGGGUGCUAUUAUUAACAUACUUUUGAUUAAUUUGAAUGAUAUUUAAAUAAGCAUAAUGUUUCUUCUAUAUGCUUACAUAAUAGAUUAAGAAAAUUGAUUUCGAAUACAAUUGAUUAAAGGUGCCCUUGAUUAAAUCAUAGAAUGCAUGUCUAUUCAGAACCUUAUUUAUUCUCUUUCGGCAUCAUAGCUAGAAAAGAAGGUCAUAUGUCAUGCAAAUCUUGGUGGAGUUCUUAAAGUGCACAGGAGAGUUUUUAGGAGGAAAGUGAUCUGUUUUGCAUUUCUUGGUAUACCAACACCUAAUGAAAAGAGAAUACAAAGUCAUGGAAUCUAUCCGGGCAUACUUGAACAGUCCUAUGGGUCCUAAAACAACUCACUUUUGGGGUCCUAUGGCCAACUGGGGAUUUGUCAUCUCUGGAAUGAUGGAUGCAAAUAAGCCCCCAGACACAAUAUCUGGCAACAUGACUGCAGUAUUGUGUGUAUUUUCGAUGUUGUGUAUGAGAUUUGCAUGGAUGGUGAGGCCUCGCAAUCAUAUGCUACUAACUUGCCAUGCUGCAAAUGAAUCUGUGCAACUCUACCAACUUUCUCGUUGGCUCGGACAUCAACGGAACCUCCAACAGAAGGAAGACGUGGCAGCUUCCAAGUGACUUUAUUUACUUUUUUUCCCCAAAAAAAGAUAGAAACGUAUUAGUUUCCCACAAGCUUAGUUAUGUACCAAGGAAAUUGUAUAAGCAUAAGAACCUUAAACUACUAGGAGCGUGAUUAUAGUGCAGAACGAAUAGGCCAUCAGCCUUGUUCUCUUUUGCACUUCAAAAAUGACUCUUGUACUAGUAAAGAGUGAAAUUAAAACCACUUAAAAACAGCAGCUAUCUAAACAGAUUGCUUGGUGUAUUAAAUAUCAUGGUUGAGAAAAGCAGAUUCUAAGGAAG